AUGCCCAUCGCCCAGUUCCUCUCGGAGUUCUUCCCUCCUAGGCCAACCUUAACCGAAGCAGACCUUCCUUCUCUGGCAGGCAAGACGUACUUCAUCACGGGCGGAGCAGCUGGGAUCGGAAAAGAGCUCACCCGUAUCCUCUAUUCGGCAAACGCCACGGUCUACAUCGCCGGACGCAGCCUCACCAACAUUGAAAAGGCAACUAAGGAGAUCAUUGAGAAGCCCAGCGAGGGUAUGGCGUUCUCACAAACUAGUGGGCGCAUCGUCCCUCUAAUCCUUGAUCUUGGCGACUUAACUACUAUCAAAGCCGCGGUUCAGGAGCUUGAGAAGCAAGUCACCCAGGUUGACAUGGUCUUCUUCAACGCAGGCGUCAUGACUCCUCCAGUAGGAGCCAAAACAACCCAGGGUUAUGAAUUGCAAUGGGGAACGAACGUCGUGGGCCACUUCUUGCUCCAAAAGCUGAUGAUGCCCCUUUUGCUAGCCUCCGCUAAACAGACCAAAGAGCCCCUGCGCAUUAUUUGGACGUCUUCAGAUGGUAGUUUCAUGUCGCCGUCUCCAGAUGGCAUUUACUGGGACAAUAUCAACAACGCAAAUGGAAAGCUGAGCCCUUGGAAUCUAUACACGCAGUCCAAAGCUGGAAACGUUAUCCUGGCCGCCGAAACAGCCCAGCGCUAUGCUGCCAACAACAUCAUCACGGCCUCGCUCAAUCCCGGACAUCUGAAGACGGAACUGCAACGUCAUUCUGGUUCCUGCGUACGCAGAAUUCUCAACGCUACGCUGCUACAUGAUGCUCGCUAUGGCGCCCUUACUGAGCUAUACGCAGGGUUUUCGAGUGUUCUAACGAAGGAGAAGAGUGGUUCCUAUUUCAUUCCAUGGGGAAGGAAGGCAAUUAUGGCACCGCACGUGAAAAAAGGACUGGAGAACGGAAGCGGACGUCGGCUUUGGGAGCUACUCGACAAAGAAACAGCGCAGUAUCAAUAGUAGCAGACGAAGGCUAUGCUUUUAUUUCGUUUUGUUUCUUUUAUCACCAUCAAGCGUUGUCCUCAUAAUGCCUUCAAACUUCCUUUUGUACAGUCUUUUUCUCUCAAUCACCCAAUAACAUACAUCGAUUUGUGCAAGAGGACUAUUUUGCGAUGAAGGAAAUACAAAUCACGUGC